CAUGUGAGGCGACGGUGGCCCACGGGGGUCAGGAGUUGACACACUUAGGGGAACUACGAGGACCACAAUGCAAUUCGGCCGCCGUCGCUCCGCUCACAUCCGCUCCGCUCGCUGCUAUCUGUGCGCUGGAAGAAGGACUUUGUCAAACUGCGGCGAUGUCAGUCCAGGUUGUGGCAGCGAAAAUGGCCGAGGUCGACCUCAAAGACGUGCCCACCGGCAAACACCUGCCGACCGACUCUCCGGUGACCCCCACGUCGGAGGGCAAGAGCCUCGGCCGGGGCGACCCGCACGAGGCCGGCUUCUCCGCCGCCGCCGCCGCCUCCCCUGCAGCGGAGCCCUCCGCGAAAGCCGGGGAAGGCAGCCUGGGCUUGCUCACCCCGAACCCCGCGAAGAUGCCGCAGGCGUCGGCUAUGAAGCGGCCGGACCCGCAGCAGAACGGCGGGGAGGCUUUCGUCAACCGCGACGGAACCGUGGCCGAGGCUCCGCGCAUGAAAAAGAUCCAGUUUGCCGACCAGAAACAGGAAUUCAACAAGCGUCCCUCCAAGAUCGGCCGCCGCUCUCUGUCCCGCUCCAUCUCCCAGUCCUCCACUGACAGCUACAGCUCAGCGGCGUCAUACACAGACAGCUCCGACGAUGAGACGUCUCCGCGGGACAAACAGCAGAAGAACUCCAAGGGCAACGGGGACUUCUGCAUCAAAAACAUCAAACAGGCCGACUUCGGACGCAGAGAGAUCGAGAUCGCUGAGCAAGAGAUGCCAGCUCUGAUGGCCCUGAGGAAGCGAGCCCAGGGGGAGAAACCCCUCGCCGGCGCCAAGGUGGUGGGCUGCACCCAUAUAACUGCCCAGACUGCUGUGCUGAUGGAGACCCUGGCAGCUCUGGGGGCUCAGUGCAGAUGGGCAGCCUGCAACAUAUACUCCACCCAGAAUGAAGUGGCAGCUGCCCUGGCAGAGGGAGGUUUCAGUGUGUUUGCAUGGAAGGGUGAGUCAGAAGACGACUUCUGGUGGUGCAUCGAUCGCUGUGUCAACGUGGAAGGCUGGCAGCCCAACAUGAUCUUGGAUGACGGCGGAGACCUGACCCACUGGAUUUAUAAAAAAUACCCCAACAUGUUCAAGAAGAUCAAGGGCAUUGUAGAGGAGAGUGUCACCGGUGUGCACAGGUUGUACCAGCUGUCCAAAGCAGGGAAGCUGUGUGUCCCAGCCAUGAACGUCAACGACUCCGUGACCAAGCAGAAGUUUGAUAACCUCUACUGCUGCAGGGAGUCCAUCUUAGACGGCCUGAAAAGAACCACCGAUGUCAUGUUCGGGGGCAAACAGGUGGUGGUGUGUGGAUACGGAGAGGUUGGAAAAGGCUGCUGUGCUGCCCUGAAAGCAAUGGGCUCCAUCGUCUACGUUACAGAGAUCGACCCCAUCUGUGCCUUGCAGGCCUGCAUGGACGGCUUCAGGCUGGUUAAGCUGAACGAAGUCAUCAGACAGGUGGAUAUCGUCAUCACCUGCACAGGCAAUAAGAACGUGGUGGUGAGAGAGUACCUCGACCGCAUGAAGAACGGCUGCAUUGUCUGCAACAUGGGACACUCCAACACGGAGAUCGAUGUGGCGAGCCUGCGGACUCCUGAGCUGACCUGGGAGAGGGUGCGCUCUCAGGUGGACCACGUCAUCUGGCCCGAUGGCAAGAGGAUAGUGCUGCUGGCUGAGGGUCGACUGCUGAACCUCAGCUGUUCCACCGUGCCCACUUUUGUGCUCUCCAUCACUGCUACUACACAGGCUCUGGCUCUGAUAGAGUUGUACAACGCCCCAGAGGGACGCUACAAGCAGGAUGUUUACCUGCUGCCCAAGAAGAUGGACGAGUAUGUGGCCAGCCUGCAUCUGCCUACGUUCGAUGCACAUCUCACGGAGCUGAGCGACGAGCAGGCCAAGUAUCUGGGCCUGAACAAGAACGGACCCUUUAAGCCAAACUACUACAGGUAUUAAACCAGUGCUGGGGUUGGACUGUGGAAAUACCAAUACUCCAUGAAUUGCAGAGACUCACCGAGGGAGAAGAGGAGGAGGAGGACAGAAAGGAGGACGCAACAGUCAACACACCUUUAUAUGCGUGGCGUGGGAGGGGAGGAGCCCUGGUCUAGCCUGACGGUAGAAGAGGGGGUUGUUUGCGGAGCGGGGUGGAUUUCCAAUGCGCUUAUGGCAGUCGUUUUUAUUUAUUCACGCUUGACACCAAUAGUAAUAACAUUAAGUCUUAUCUCCGCGGAGCUGCUCCUGCCAUUCACCACUAGCUAGCUCCCCCCGGCGUCUUCUCCUGGGAGAUGUUUCACUUCCCCUCCGCUCGACGCCACACCACCACAGUUUAUCUCGUUCUCUUUAGACGCUUAUUCGUGUGUCGAGUUGUAUGUAAAAACCUUUCAUCCCCCCUUCCCGUUGCCAGAUCUUUUUAUUGUUUAACUAUUAAAGAUGAAAUUAUUGAUGCUAAAAAAAAAGAUAUAUAUACUAUAUAAAAAGAAAAACUUGAUUAAAAAAAAAAAAAAAAUCUGUGUGACUGAAGGUGACCUUUGAAGAUUUAGUGACGGACACUUUUUCCUGUCCUUUCUUUUUGUUGUUGUUGUUGUCGUCUUUUUCUUUUCUACCUGUGAUUUAUGUUUUUGUUCUCUCUUUUGUGUAAUAUUUGCGAGGGCGGGGCUAGACCUAAUGGGCGGGGGUUAGGCGGGAUCUCAGGGUCCAAUCAUAUCAAGACUUUUUAUUUCUUCAUUUCAUUGAGAUUCACUGUGGUCUGUUUUUAAACACUUUUUAUUAAGCGUUUUUUGGUCUUUCCGAUCAGCCUGUAGUUUGUCGUGAUCAUUUUUUUGUAUGACUGGACGGUGGCCGGUUCAUCCCACCUGUCACUCAAACCCGCUGUGAAACCAUCUCAUUAGCUGCUUCUUGUCUCAGCCUCCAGCUGCUCACACGACACCAGUGUUCAAGUCAUGAAAAGUAUUUGAGCGAGCGAGUGCUGACCCCUUCGGUCUUCUCUUUUUCUUCUACCAAGAGACGAUACUGUAUUCGAAGCAUGACAGGCUGUCAGACCAUUACAAGGGUUAUACUGUAUAUUUAGAUAUUUAUAUAGAAAACUUCCGAUUUUUCUAUCUUUUUCCUCCUGCGCCAUCUAAUAGCAUAUAACUUUUGAAAAAAACUAAAUCAACAUAUGUCAUAAAGAUAAAAAAAAAUAAGCAAUUAAUGUUCUAAUGAUAAGUGUAAUAAAUGUACUUAAACACUCAAUUCUAAUACUGUGACAGAAAAUAUUUCCAGAGACACCAAAUGUGCAGCGAGCUGUUGCCAGUCCCCGGUACUAACGCAGAAUUCUUCAAACGGGUUAUCUUUUCAAUGUGUGGCGCUUAGUCGAUUUACUGUACUUGACCACACACAGCACAACUCUUUGGUACUUGCAGAUCUAGUCAAGGGCCUGAUCUUAUAAAUAAAAAUCUGGCAUCUGGAUUCCACCAUGAUUUUUUUCCUUUCCAUCGAGAAAAACCUUCUCUGCAAAUUCAUGUGCAUAAAGGUAUUUUUCACUCUCCUUUUUUUUUUUGAGAUCCAAACUUGGCAUGCUAUCACUAAUAAUAAUAUAUUUUAGUUGUUUCUUCCCCACACCUGAAAGGCUGAGAUCCUUUUUCUAUAAUGGGCUGCACGGUCGUCAUCCUCGACGGGGCGGCUCGCUCCCAGUAGACCUGACAGUGGAGAUUAGAAAACCCUGACACUCAUUUCACCCAACAGCCGAGUGCAGCCGUCUGCUCCCGGCUACUGACUCCACCUGAACCAAUCAGAGCCCUGCUGGGCGCCGCCGCCGGGAUCAGAUGUUUAAAGACGCACGUUCGCUGUACAUGGAAGUCAAUUUGAUCACACCUUUUUGAAACAGGUGGAAAUGGCACAAAAGCUUUGUUUGUACCUGUCAAAAAGAUACUUUGGCUCAAUUGAAGUAAAAAACAAUAUAUAUUUCUAUUCAUUUCAGGCUAUUUUGUUUGUGUGACAAGGGAAAUAGCAUCACUUUACAGAAAGUCUCGACAGGAAUAGUUUGACAUUGUAGAAAAAUAAGCUCAUUUUUCUUCUGGUUGAGGAAAUUCAAUACCACACGUUUGUAUGCAAAACAUUUUUUGCAUGUGCCUCUUAGCUUAGCAUAAAGGCUGGAAAUGGAGGAAAGUAGUUGUGCUGGAUCUGUGCAACGAUAACAACAAAUGCCAGCAAGCGCCUCCAAAUAGUUGAUGAAUUCUAACAACACACAUUAAUUGUUCAAACUGUACAGACACGGAAAAUGUGAAAAUGACCAUUUGCUGUUUUUACGGAACAUAACUGAUAUUUCUGCACUUUGUUUUCCUCUGUGAAAUGUUCAAAUAUGUGCGCUGUAGAGGCUCCGGUGUUAGACCUGGAUUAUCAGUUUACACACGCCUGCAGUUUUAACUCCCAAAAUGUCAAACUAUUCCUUUUACAUUUGGUGAAAAUGAAUCGAAAGAAAUUGAAUUUCAAAGGUGUGUUAGGGACCUCUCGGCUAAACCUUCCGCACACCCAUCCUUUGCCAUGACAUGACGAGAGCAGAUACUGUGUCACAGGCCGUAGAACCUCAACUGUCUUCUCUGCCAAUGUUCUGUCCCCUCGUGCUGUUGAGAAACCCCCUCCUAACGUAGCGUGACCUGUCGGUGUCAGUGUUGUUCAUAAGUCUUAUUUUCUUUUCUGCUUUUUGAAAGUGUGAAUGUGUGUUUAAAGAGUGUGUACCCCUUGAGAUCUGAGGUGUGUGUGUGUGUGUGUGUGUGUGUGUGUGUGUGUGUGUGUGUGUGUGUGUGUGUGUGUGUGUGUGUGUGUGUGUGUGUGUGUGUGUGUGUGUGUGUGUGUGUGUGUGUGUGUGUGUGUGUGUGUGUGUGUGUGUGUGUGUCACAUAAAUGUCUUUACACAUCCUCUUUUGUAGGCCUUGGUUGCUCUGUUAACAGCUGCCUCAGGGUCCUAGUCUGUGUAUUAGGGGAAGAAACCUUUUCUUUUCUUUUUUUGUCAGCCGUAAGCUGACCAACACAAGGGUGGGUGGGGGAAGACACCAGCAUCAUAUAUGUAUAUACAUAUUAUAUACAGAUAUGACAACCUUUAAAAAAAGAAAAAUAUAGGAAGGUAAAAAGAAGAAUUGACUCCUGUAUUUAUUGUUGUAAAUCCUCAUAAAGUGCAAACUGGCAAAAAAAAAUCACAAACCUGUUCUAAGUUGUCUGAUAAAGAAGAAAAACAAACAAACCUACAGUAUGUUUAAAUAUUGCAAGUGAUAACGGUAGAUGAGCAAUAAUUGAGAAAUUCUGUAAUCUUAAUGAAUAAAGAUGUAAAAAAUUGUA